CAGAUCAGAGCUGGGACAGUACUCAGACCCUGUAGUCAGACCUUGUUCUCAGACCCUGUAGUCAGACCUUGUUCUCAGACCCUGUUCUCAGACCCUGUACUCAGACCCUGUUCUCAGACCCUGUACUCAGACCCUGUUCUCAGACCCUGUUCUCAGACCCUGGACUCAGACCCUGGACUCAGACCCUGUUCUCAGACCCUGUACUCAGACCCUGUACUCAGACCCUGUACUCAGACCCUGUACUCAGACCCUGUACUUCAGAGAGCCGUGAUGGCGAGCAGCUGGCUGGUGUUGUUGGCGCUCUGUGCCGCCGUCCGGGCUCAGACCCCCACUAAGGACCAUGGAGACGACCUCCUGAACCCGGAGAUAACCACAGAAGAAGAGCUGAGGGUCCUGGUGCAGCAGCUGGUGGCCCGGGUGGAGAGCCUGGAGCGAGGUCCCUCUCCUGUAGCGUUCUCUGCGUCUCUGGUCUCUGGUUGGGAAUGGACCCAUCAGGGCCCGUUCCCCAGCAGCACCACGCUGCUGUUCAGGAGGGUGACGACCAACCUGGGCAACGCGUACGACCCGAGCACAGGCGUCUUCACUGCCCCCCUGAAGGGUCUUUAUUACGUGCGCUUCACGGGCAGCGUAGGAAGCUCGGGGUCCCUGAACGCAGCGCUGAUGAAGAACGAUGAGAACAUGUUUGCGGUGUUCGACACGCGGGGGACGCACGGCAGCGCCUCCAACGGGAUGGCUCUGGAACUGCAGGCGGGCGACCGGCUGUCCGUCACUCUGUGGGAGGGGCAGAGCGUGUUCGACCAAUCAAGGAUCAGCACCUUCAGCGGCUUCCUGCUGCAGCACCUGCAGGAGCCUCCCCCUCCUCCCCCUCCUCCUCCUCGUCCUCCUCGUCCUCCUCCUCCUCCCCCUCCUCCGUGCAGGCAGCCCUGUGGGGAAACAGAAUCACAAUAA